AUGGGCCAUGGACCGCCAUCUCAAAUGAAGUCCGCAGCCGCCUCGUGCGAGGCCGGCAUUGUGCGACAACGUCUUCGACCUGUCAGGACAAUCUCCGAUCACAUCCUCGCAUCCCUCAGAGUUCAGCUCUACAAAGAAGACCAUCUAGAAUCCUAG